GGAUACAGAACCUCAACGCUCCCCACGGCCGUCCUCCCGCCCUCCUCCUCCUCCUUCCAUGCCAUGAUUCCUGGCCCUGGGCAUCCCCUCCUGCUCAUCCAGGCCGUCUGACCCUCCUUUCCACCUGUCCGGUCGCCCCUCGCCGCUCCGUCUUCCUUUCGCCUCCUGCCCUUUUCCGGGCCUUUCUGGCUCUGGUGUUUGCACGCCGUGCACGCUCGCACAUGCAGUUCAGUUGGAGGCUUGGGCUCAUAUGCUUCCACCUGGUUGGCGCUUGUCUCCAACUUGUUAGUGCCGUUCCCGCUGCCAAGGACGUGUCCACCUCCAGCGCAGAGUCAUCUACCCCGGGGACUGCCAGUACUUCCACGCAUAUCGUGUCUACGUCCGGCGCCGUCGUGGUCAAGACAGGCUCCGGUCGACAACCAGGGCAGGACGGUUCCGACGAUGCAACCCAGACUGACCUCCCCGAUCGUCGGCCAACGUCCGACAGCACGAGCACCACGUCGAAACAUUCGAUUAUCAUUGCCCCGACUGCCAGUGUCCGCCCUACGACCCAUCCACAUCCAACCUGGACCGGAGUACUUGGCACGACCUUCACGCGCCAUUUCCCCCCACCCACCGCGACCGCACCGUCUCGCGCCCCACCCGUCGCGCCCGCAUCGAGCGGGCAGCCGCCUGUCGCGAUCGCGUUCGAGGUUCUGGGAGGGCUCGUUGCGGUGGGGUUGCUAGCAGGUAUCGCGCGCUGCUUCAUCGUCUGGCGCAGGACGCCGCCGCGUGACCGGAUUGCUGCGCUCAUGAGCCGACACCAGCUGGAGCGCGAGAUGGAGGAGAUGGAACGGGAGCGGAUGGAGCGUCUCAAUCAAGCUCUCGAGGCGCGUCGAUGGCGACCGCCACCUCCGCCCUACCAGCCCCCACCCCCAGACUACGAGACGGUGCCGCACUCGGACUCUCCACCACCACCACUACCGCCGCCGCUACCACCACCGCCGCCGCCGCCUGGGUGAGCACUGCGUGCGUAGGCCAUCACCCGACCUGCGUAUCAUCCCAGUGCCUGCUGCGGCAGACGUACGGGGUGCAAACUUUACGCGCGAGAGCGGUGUCACAACCUCGCACGGCAGCGCACGUCGCUACGCGAGACUCCACGGCUGUCCCCUCGGUCGCACUUCGAAACACCCACGUCGCGGUCUCGUGGGCCUACUGCGCCCGCAGUGGGAAGAGUCUAUUUGAAGUCUGUUGGGCCUUGCCGUGGGCGGUCGCCCCCGGGCCGUACUGUAGUUGUCUCUCCGUCGGACGGUUAAUCUUCACGCUACGCUGUGUCUUCGCAUUUUCUCUCCAUGGACUCUGAUACGCACACCGCUCGCGCACUUAGGGGGACCAGAUACUCAUCCACCCGUUUCGUGUCAUCCACCGCAUCUUUCUUUACUGUAUAGAUCUCAUCACAAGUGUAGUAUCACUUUACACGCCUUCAACGCGCACUAGCC